AUGAUGGCCAGACCCUGGAAGGCUCCACGGCUCCUGCUGGCCCUGAUGGCCUUUACCUACCAAACAAGGAAGAAAACCUUUAUCCGUGUCCAGGAAGUGUCUGCAGUGGAAACGUACGUGGCGGACACCUUGCGGUUUGUCACUGAUGAGUGUAAUAUGGAAAGUGAUGACGAGUACAACUUCAGGAUCCUCUGAGUCCUGAAAAUCAAGAAGAAGAUAACGGAUCAUUGGGAGUAUCACAUCGACGUGGAGUUGCCGUGGACCACCUGCAAAAAGCUGGAGAUGAAGGAAAGUGUCUUACAGAAAGGAGAGCUUUACAAACAAAUCAAGUGCUACUUCUCAGUAUUUUCUGUACCCUGGUUUGAAAGGUACAAAAUUCUGAACAAAAACUGCAGCAACAACUAA